CAAUAACACAGAGCGAUAUAUUCUUUUUCUAUUUCAUUUCGUAUAGCCUGGGCCUAUACUUAUGCUACUAAUCAUGUGUUAAUGUACGUGUGUACACAGAUAUAACAGAGACAUAGUGGUCGACAGUUAAUUACGAGACUGUUCAAUAACUGUAUAUAUUAUUGUAAGCAUACGCAAGAGAACGAAGUGGGCGUGGCUCCACUGAUUUAAUAUGCUAGACAAAUGUAUCGGUAAAACGCCCUGUGAACCAAGCAUCUGAAUGAAAUACAGAAAAGAAAACAGGACAGACGUUAGCGCUUUUUCAGAAUAAAAUCUACUAAUUGAAUCUUAGAAUUUCAUCAGGUCUCCAAUUUCGACGCUUCCUUGGUUGUUUGAAAGCUAGGCCUGAGAUCGUUCUCUGAGCAUCCGGCGUCAAGGAAACACUGGGUGUGUGAGUACGUGUGUGAAAAUGACAACCUUUGCUGCCGAUUACCAGGCUAAAGCCGAUAAACUGUGUGAAACCGUCGAUGAAUUGAUGUCGAGGGAGAACUGGGAGGCUGUGGAGGAUAAGGAUGGAGUUCUUGUUGAGCGGAUGAACUCAUCUAAUUACGAUGGUUACAUGUUUAAGAUGACGUUCGUUGCCAACAUGUCCCUUAGUGAUUUUAUGUUGGUGACUCAGCCCAAGGUGCUAGGAGGAGAGAGGGAGAAAUGGGACACUGAAAUCAAGGGGAUAACUAUACUAGAGGAAGUGACGGAGAAUCUUAAAAUCAUUCGACAUGAAACGACAAAAUUUGGAGCAGGGAUAGUUUCUCCCAGAGAGUUUGUCCUGAUGGUAUAUCAGAAAACUAUUCCAGAAACUAACACCACUGUACAGGUGAUGGAAUCAGUAGAGCACAGCGAAUGUCGUGAGAAAGAUGACAUCAUCAGAGCAUCCAGAUAUCCAACUGGAAUGUACGUCACAAAUGAUGGUGAGUCAUCAUCAUUGAAAGUGGUGGUGUUAAGCCAAGUUGACAUGGGCGGACUCAUCCCAAUGUCUUUUUUCAAGAAUCUUCUCCCAUUCAUGGUGGUUAGCUACCCAGAAGAUCUUCCUAAAUACUUGCAGAUAAUCAAGUCCUAGGUUGUACGAUACUCUGGCAUGCCUCGGCAUUCAUUAGGCCUAUCAUCCUGGUUUGUUAAAUCUUGUUAGUGAGUGCACUUAUUCAUAUAUUCGCUUUUUAUCACGUAUGAGAUAUGGAAGCUGCUUUUAAGCGAGAAUAAGUGUUUAUCACAUUGUACAUGUUGUCUUAAAUACAGUUAGUUCUCCCAAAAUCUGAGUCAUGUCCGCACAAUCAGUAUCGAUGCCGGUCGGUCAGCCUGCGCGUUGACAAAACAGACAUGGCUACGCGUAAAUCAUAGGGGGCUAAGGAUGUUAAACUUUCCACAAGCAUACAUUGAUAAAUUUUGGCUCAAGAAUAAUUAUAUCGGCUCAUGAGAAAGCCAUUUUAAAUUAUAUACGGUGCAUCUAAAAUAUAGGCCUACAUAUGCACAGUGACGUAAAAAAAUUGUUUCUUCAUAUCUAUGCUAAAACCCGUAGUGGUAUAAUUAAGUUUACUAUACUGUAGUAUGCUAGCUAUUAUAUUUGGAGGAAGCUCACUAGUUAAGUGAAUAUAUAAACACAAUUAUACAUAUGGCAGAAUUCCAUUCUGGACUUUCUGAAAUAUUUCGGCCUAAUGAUGACACAAAACAAAUUUUUCCUUUGAGCACCAAAGAUAAGUUUAAAUUCGUAUAUCGCUCUUUAUGCAGCUAUUGAGUUACUCCAUCUUCAUAGUUGAAUAAAGCGCCCCCUUUUUUUUAUUCUUCUUGUGUUUUAUAUAUAAAAAUGUAAUAUAAGAUUUAUUGAUGACAUGUAAACAGUGUUUUUAUCAGUUAGUUCUAGCUUUUCGCAGUUGCUAAGUAUGCUUCAAACAUUCCAAAAGUAUAUGAUCACCUUCAACGUAAAUGUUACACCUCCCAAUUAAUGGACUUUACUUUGCCUACUCCGAAGUGCGCAUUUUAAUUAUGCAUUAAUGGCCUACAAUAAUUAUUAAAUUAUGGUAUGGAGAAAAAUAUUUAUAUUUUAUGAAUUUUUGGCAGCUGAUGGCUUUUUUGCCAAUUCUAUUGUCAGUCUUAUUUCUUGUAUAACUAGUGUACUUUGCUAUGAUUUUUGUAGCUAACCAGCCGAACCAAAAUCCCUCAAAAUAUCUGAUUCACACACAGUUCAAUUGUCAGGCCCACAGGUCAAAAUAUUUACACCUUAGGGAAUUUGGUUCGGGGGGGGGGGGGGGGGGCUUUAAUGAUAUUAUUAACUACUGUAAUUAUGGUAUGGAGAAAAAAAAUUAUAUAAUUUUUGUUAUCAUAUUGACAGUUGAUGGUUUUGUGCUAAAUUGUCAGCUUAUUUUUAGUGUAAAACAAACGUGCAAUUUGUUGCGAUUAUUUGUAGCAAACCAAGUUUCUCAUCCUCCACACACAGUGCCUCAAUCUCUCAGUCGCAGAAAGGAGGACAAAAUAAAAAUUUUCCAAGGGGGUCAAAAACAUCAAGGACACUAUAAGUUAUGAUUUAAAGAAAAAAAAAGAAAAAAAAGGAUGAGUAAAACAAUAUCUGUCAAUGUUUACAGGGGAUAACAUCAUGAGGGGUCAAGAUCCUUGACACCACCCCAACAUUCUCCCAGCAGCUGGUUGCAUGUACGUAUCAUCAGAAGAUGUUUGCGUUAAAUUACAGAUGGCAUGCACUUGAACGAGCGGCUUUGGUUACACACACAUAUUAUAACAUCCGUCAAGUACCGUGCCUAAGAAUUACUUGUCAUUAGUGAAAUAUAUAUAUAUUAAUUUUGGGAGUUGCUUGAACACCAAACACCGUUUGUUGAUAGCUUCAAAGUACUGCCCGCUCUGUAUCUUAUAAUAGUACAGUCAAAUUAAAAUGUACAUUGAAGAAAUACAAA